AUGGAUUCUAUCAUUUCUCUCUUUGGUCGUGACCCAGCUGGAAUACUAGCUACAAUUGUGGUCAUUUUCCUAGGGUACCGCCUACUUCUGAUCCUCUACAACGUCUCCCCGUUACACCCCUUGAGCCCGAUCCCCGGCCCCAAGCUGGCGGCAGCAACCUACUUUCCCGAGUUCUAUUACGAUGUCAUUUGUCUCGGAAGAUAUACUACCAAGAUCCGUGACAUGCACGAGAAAUAUGGUCCCUUGGUUCGCAUAAGUCCCGACGAGGUCCAUUGCAGUGACCCUAGCUUUUCGGACGAAAUAUACGCUGUUGGUGGACGUAAGCGUGACAGGACACUCCAUCAAAUCAACAGCGUCGCCGUCGGCACCAAGGCUGAAUUUGGCACGGUAGACCACGAUCUCCACCGCAUUCGACGAGCGCCGGUUGCCAAGUUCUUCUCGCGGUCGGUUAUCAUGAGCCUUGAAGAAGACAUUGCAGCGCUCACCCAGCGGCUCUGUGACAAGAUCAUGGCCCAGAGAGGCAACAGGACGCCCUUCGACUUGACCAUAGCAUACAGCAACCUGUCCACCGAUGUCAUUUCGGCCUACUGCUUCGGCGAGAGUUUCAACCUCUUGGACCAACCCGGGUGGGGACCCAACUUUAGAGAGUGCAACCUGGCCAUGCUGAAAAACUGGUUCUUGUUCCGCUUCUUUCCUUUCUUGAAGAGCCUGGCGAAUCUCGGCGUAUGGUUUCUGGAAUAUCUGCCCGAGGAUACGGCGCUAUUCAUACGCACCAUGCAAAUCGACAUACCCAAGCUGGUCACAAAGACCACCGAGGAUCUGAAAGCCGGGGUCGACUGCCCGCGCCCGAUUUUCGUCAAGGCCCUAAUGGAAUCUAAUUUGAGCAAAGAGGAAAAAGCCCCCGAUCGUAUGUGUCUCAGUGUCUUGACAUAUCAUAUCCUAGCGAACCCUGAGAUCUUUGACACCUUGACGCAAGAACUCAAAGAAGCAAUCCCCAACCCUCAGAACCUGCCACACUGGGCCACGCUGGAGAAGCUUCCAUACCUUAACAGUGUAGUCCAAGAGGGUCUACGUCUCUCCUAUGGGGCAUCAGGUAGGUCAUCCCGGAUCGCGACCGAGGAGGACCUGGUAUACCGAGGCCGGUGGCAGAGACAACCCCUUCGAUACGUGAUACCGCGGGGGUACGCGAUUGGGAUGUCCGCCUUUAUCUCUCACCACGACGAGACGUUGUUUCCAGAGUCGCACAAGUUCCAACCCGAGCGCUGGCUGGAUCUCCAGCAUAGAAAGGAGCUCGAUCGGGGGUUUCUCGGUGAGUGA